UUUUUUUAUAACCUAACCUUCAAAUCGAGAAGUAAAUAUUAAAUCAUAAUAUUGGCCGCUUUUGCAAGAACAGUGAAAUACUUUGCAUUUAUAUUUCAAGAUACAAAUAAGAUCUUAGAUACAAACAAAUACAACUAUAAUAUGUAUUUAUUUUAUGGGUGAUUUUUUCUUUAGAUAUUCAGUUAUUAGUUUCUCAGAAGAUUAUCAGGCUAAAUAAAAAGAUAAUAUAAAUAACUGCAGCUGAAAAACAGAGAUCCAACCAUUAAACAUGGAAGAAAUCAAGAUUGAAAAUUCUUCAUCGUCGCAUUAUAACAAAGAUAAAAGUAACAUAAUCUUCACUCCUGCUGUUUCUAAACAAAGAUAUACAGCAGUCCACGAAUUAUUGACAAAUACAAAAUGGAGAGAAUCUCUAAAUUCAGUGACUGAGUAUGGAUGUUCAAGUUAUAAUUUUUUUCCAUACCUGAAAAAUACUUCGAAUAUAAGGGAAAUCAAUUUCGUAGAUUUAGAUGAUUAUAUAUUGGAGGAGAGACUCUUUUAUAUCAGGCCAUUAUUAUAUGAUCAUUUUAAUAAACGAACUAAUCCAUUAAAGGUGAAUGUAUUCGAAGGGAGUAUUUCAGAUCCUGACUUGAGAAUAUUGAAUUCAGAUGCUGUAGUUGGAAUUGAAAUAAUUGAACAUUUAUUUCCAGAUACACUACAAGCAGUUCCGUAUAUGAUAUUUUAUGUGAUCAAACCGAAGGUUGUUAUUUUCACUACUCCUAAUGCAGAUUUCAAUGUGGCUUUACCAAAUUUCAAAAAAUUUCGUCACCUAGAUCAUAAGUUUGAAUGGACAAGAGAACAAUUUGAAUCAUGGGCUUCCAAUAUUACAUUACGUUUUCCACAGUAUAAAGUCACAUUUUUUGGCAUUGGCAAAGGUCCUGAGGGUACUGAUUUCCUGGGAUCCUGUUCACAGUUGGCUCUUUUUGUGAGAAAGGAUAUAUUAGAUUCCUCAUAUAAUCCUCCCAUAUCAAAAUGUUUUUGUGGCCAAAUAAACCUCUGUAAUACCAGUGAAGAUAAUCUCAACCACUGUCUUACCUGCUAUCCAAUGCAACCCUUUGGUAUUUGUACAUAUUUGACAAAAUCAAAAGAAUUCAAAAGCAUAGGAAAAAAUGAUCUGAAUUUCUACAGGUUGGUUGGAACAAUUGUUUAUCCUCAUAAAGAAGAGGAUAAAAGAUCUAAAGAGGAACGCAUUUUAGAUUCCAUACAGGAUAAAAUAUAUGAUAAUUCUUUCAAAUACAGAAAUGAAGAUGGUGUGGCAGAAAUACCAUUGUUCAAAAUUACUACAAUAUUUGAAGGAAAAUUGAUUUCAGAGGAAGAAGUAAAAGAUAUUCUGGUUCAUCACGGUUAUGAAAUAAAAGAUUGCUUGAUGAAAAAUUUCAAUGAGGAAAGUGAUGAAUGGAUUUCAUGUGUAUUACAUCAGAUACCAAUAACACCUUCAAGUAGUGAAUCUGGAACUGAGUCUUGGGGAGAUGAAGAUUAUAAGUUAUCUGAUGAAAAGUCUCUUUCUGACUGGGAUAAAGAAACCGAAAUCACGGCAGUUAAUUGAGCAGUUCAAAUUCACUGUUGAUAAUAAUGGAGGAUCGAAUCAAUGUUAACAUUGUUUUGUGGUGAUGAUGAGUACUCAAUAUGGUUUCAACUUAUAGAGAAUGUAUCAUGACUAUAUUUUUUUAUUUUUGUUCUUGUUUUUUCUUACGGUUUCUAGUUAAGUUUUUAUUUAAUUAAAAAUAAUUAUUAUUUGAUAUAUCUAUUGAUUGUUUAAUAUUUAUAUAUAUAUUAACUUAUAUUCAAAAAAAUUUCAAUAAAGGAAAAAGCAUAAAACCA